AAAACCCAACUAACCAGUGCAGAGGAAAGAGAGGAACAAGAAACGGGAGCUGCUGAGCCAGAGCGCAUCGGUCCAGCACGAGUAAGGGGGAGAGGAGAAGCCGAGAGAACCCAGGCCAAGAGCCCCAGAGCUCUCGCCGAUCCGCCUCCACAGCUCUCCCGACCUCCCGCAUUUCCUCGAGGUCGCUUGAUUGCCGAAUCCGAGCUGCCCCGCCGGAGGGCUCGAUCUGGGCCCAGAUCGGCCAGCAUUUCGACCCUGUGCAUGCUCCGGUCCCGGCGGCGAGGGAUGGAGAACGGGUGCGGCGAGUACGACGAGUUCCAUGCAGCCAAUCGGCGUGCUGAGGUGAUAGAUUGGCUCGGCGGGUUGCUGCCGAAUUUCGAUUUGCCGUUGGAUUCUUCGGACGAGGAGCUGCGGGAAUACCUCAUCGACGGCACGGCGCUAUGCUACAUUGCGGACAAGCUCAUGCCCGGUGUUCAGGAGGGAAUGUGGGGUGGUUUUGCAUCGGACCAGCGGUCGAAUGUGAAGAAGUUCCUCUCUGUUGUCGCGGAGAUGGGUCUGCCAGGCUUCAGUGUGAAGGAUCUGGAGGAGGGAUCAGUGUCUUCUGUAGUGGAGUGUCUCUUAGCUCUAAAGUAUAAUGUGACUACAGGCUUGGGUCAAAACAUUUCAAACAAUGCUUUUAAAACUCCUCUUAGAAGGAAACUGGAACUUCGAGAAUCCGAUGGGCCUAUAAUUUCAGUUGUGACACCAGGGAAAAGAUCUCCUGGGGAGGAAAGACGGAAAGGCCAUUGGGACCCCAAGUCUCAGCAAAGAAGUACUCUUCAUUCAGGACAAAAGGUCCAUGACGCUUUCCAACUUAAACGGGGCUCCUACACCGAUCUUCCUGCUGACAAAAUUUCGGAGAUGAUGCAUUCAAGUAGUCUAGAUAAUGCCCCUACCCAAUCACUCCUUAGAGUUGUUAAUGGCAUUCUAGAUGAGAGCAUUGAGAGGAAAAGAGGAGAAAUACCACAUCGCGUUGUUUACUUGCUGAGGAACGUUGUUCAAGAGAUUGAGCAUCGCAUUUCUAUUCAAGCAGAUCACAUAAGAAAUCAAAAUAGUAUCAUCAAGACUCGGGAAGACAAGUACCGUUCAAAAAUCAAAGCACUCGAGACAUUAGUAAAUGGAACAAAUGAAGAAAAUGAGAUGACAAUAAACCGGCUUGAGCUAGUUGAGGUAGAGAAAUCAAAAAUUGAUGAGAAAAGAAAACUAGGCGAGCAAGACAUGGUUCGUCUGAUGCGAGAAAAGGAGAGUGCAGAAAAUACAAUUGCUUCCCUUCAGCAAGAAAUACAGAUCAUGAGUAGGAUGCAUGAACAAUACCGUGCGCAAAUGGAAACAGAAGCAAGGCAGAUGGAGGAACACUUGGCUAUGAGAGUUGAGGAGGCUGAGUUUCUUCUAAUGCAAUCAAAAAAGAAAGUUGAAGAGAUUGAGUCUGCUUCCCAACUAAAAUCUCAACUUUGGAGCAGGAAGGCAAACAUUUUCCAGAGUUUUAUGGAUAAUCAAAAAUUGUCCAUCAAGGACAUAAGGAUAUCAUCUCAGUCCAUUAAGCAGGAAAUGUUUGCCCUUCAAAUGAAAUGGAGGGAUGAAAUAUCUAGCAUUGGACAUGACUUAAAGGGUUUAGUAGAUGCUGCCGACAAUUACCAUAAAGUUCUUUCUGAAAAUCAGAAGCUAUUUAAUGAAGUACAGGAGCUUAAAGGUAAUAUCAGAGUUUAUUGUCGUGUCAGGCCAUUUCUUCCUGGUCAAGAUGGAAAAUCAACUACUGUUGAUUAUAUUGGUGAAAACGGUGAGAUUUUCAUUUCAAACCCCUCCAAGCAAGGGAAGGAUGGGUAUCGAAUGUUCAAGUUUAACAAGGUGUUUAGUACACAUGCUUCUCAAGCUGAAGUUUUCUCUGAUACCCAGCCAUUGAUCAGAUCAGUUCUUGAUGGGUUCAAUGUGUGCAUUUUUGCGUAUGGUCAAACUGGUUCAGGAAAGACUUACACAAUGAGUGGACCGGGCACAUCAAAAGAAGAUUGGGGUGUCAACUAUCGAGCUUUAAAUGACUUGUUCAACAUCUCUCUAAGUAGAAGGAAUGCUUUCUCAUAUGAGGUGGGAGUGCAGAUGGUUGAGAUUUACAACGAACAAGUGCGGGAUCUUCUAUCAACUGAUGUUGCGCAAAAAAGACUCGGAAUUUGGAGUACUUCUCAGCCUAAUGGACUUGUCGUACCUGAUGCGAGCUUACAUCCAGUCAACUCAACAUCAGAUGUGCUAGAGUUGAUGGAUAUUGGACAAACAAAUAGAGCAGUUGGAUCAACAGCUCUAAAUGAAAGGAGUAGUCGAUCUCACAGCAUUCUAACUGUGCAUGUUAGAGGGCUGGAUUUGAAGAAUGGAUCUACUUCUCGAGGAUGUCUACAUCUGAUUGAUCUUGCUGGGAGUGAGAGAGUCGAACGAUCUGAAGCAAUUGGCGAUAGAUUAAAAGAAGCACAGUAUAUUAAUAAAUCCCUUUCUGCUCUUGGUGAUGUGAUUUUUGCUUUGGCACAGAAAAACGCCCAUGUUCCAUACAGAAACAGCAAGCUGACUCAAGUUCUUCAAAGCUCUUUAGGUGGACAAGCAAAGACACUGAUGUUUGUUCAAAUAAAUCCCGAUAUUGAUUCAUAUUUAGAAACAAUAAGCACUUUAAAGUUUGCAGAAAGAGUUUCUGGAGUUGAGUUAGGUGCCGCAAGGAGUAACAAAGAGGGCAAAGAUAUAAAAGACCUGCUAGAACAGGUUUCAUAUUUGAAAGACACCGUAUCACGAAAAGAUAUGGAAAUCGAGCAGCUUCAACUUCUCAAGGACAAAACCAAAUCUCCAAGUUCAUUAACUGAUAGAAAUGACAGUAGCCAACAGAUCCAGCGAUUAUCAGGGGCUGCGGCAUCGGAUGAAACCGAAUGUGAAGAUAAUGUGUCUGAUGAUGGCUGCUCGGUAGCUGAUUCUGUUGGCGCUGCUUCAGAGGCAGCAGCAGAACAGAUGCAGAAAGCGCCUUCAAGGAUAGCCAGGCUGUUCCUCACAAAGAAUGGGCAGCCAACAAACUCCAAACCAAAACCAAGGGAACCUAUUCCGAAACUUCCAGGUCGCGUGAAAUCAACAGGAAGCCAGGUGAUCGGAGGAACUUCAGUCAAGCCCCCGAGAAGGAAGUAGAGAUACCGGGCAGGGUUUAGCAGAUGGUCUGUUAUCCCUUUCAUCUGUGAUGUAACACUCGAGAGUUUAUGCAGAAACGCAGUAGGUGGUUUAGGAAGAGUAUGUUACUGUAUCGAUUAAAGAUGAUGGGCCGCCGUAUUCAGGCUUGCCGUUGUAAUGGGAAGUGACCUGGGCGCAAUGCUGUGGUUCAGGCCGGGCGUGUGGAGUGAGUAGAAGGUAGCAGCCCCGGGCGCACGGCGUGCGCCGAGCCGGUGCCAGGCGGGCUGCUGCUGCUGCGUCCGCCACCGGUGACCAGUCUAGGCUGCCCAACUGUUUCUUUCGCUGUGGUUGACCUUUAAAACUGUUCCAGGCAACAAAGACCAAAAAAAAGCUCAAGUUAUUGCAAA